CUUCGCAAUUUGCCCCUCAGUGCACUACGGUAACACGGUGAGAACUGUGAAUAACGUCGCGAAAGGACAAGGCUACACUGCAAAGUUAAUAGUCAGUGUUAGAAAGAGCCCACGCUCGGCAGAUAAAAAGAGAAAGAGCGUCGACUCUUCGUCACAAAGACCAAAGAUGGAUAAAGAACAAAAUAUAAACCUCCUACUCGAGACAGUGGAAGAUAUUACCGGCGACUGGGUUUUACGCUUACUCAACAACAGGGAAGAUCAUUCAGAGCCACGACCGGUUAUCCAUCUCCGGAAAUGGAGCAAACAUGGGUGUUCUUCGAAAGACGCUUUGAGUGGAUUCUCCAGUUCAAGGGCCACAAUCAAGAUAGAAUGCGACCUCACACAUGAAGAUGGUUCAAAGCAGACCGCCGAAGAAACACUCGUCAUUAAAGUGUUACCGACGGAAGGACUAAUGGCGGACUUUUUAAUAGAGGAAAAGAUGCAUCACGUGGAAGUGGGUCAAUACGGCAGGUUUUUGAAAACGCUUCAGACCUGGGAACGAAAAAGAAGAGGACCCGGGAACUGCGCUAUUAUGGAUGAACUUUUGCCUCCUCACGCCCUGGCUGUCAGCACCGACAAACAUUUCACUAUCGUCAUGACGGAUCUUCGUUGCCAAGGUUAUCAGACUAUGGAUUUUGAAAUUGGGUUAACCGAGAAACAGCUCCUAGCGACGGCUAAGAAACUUGGCACUUACCAUGGAACUGGGGUUUCAUUCAAGACUGUCACAGGCAUAAUCCUGGAGGAGACUUUCCAUCAAUGUUUCCACGUAGGAGAGGGCAGCCACGCCUUUGUCAAGUUUGCGUUCCCAUGCUUUGAACAGAUUGAUCUUACAACAUCCCGAGCUGCCACAGUGUUAACUCCUCUCCCCCCUCGCUCUCCUUCACCCUCUGGGGACACCGCCGUGUUCCUUUACACCCCAUUGUGCUUGCCCCUGAUCAGCGAUUUGGAAGAAACAAGACUGCAGAUGCCUAGAUUUAAGCAGGACUGGUCUCAGAAUCCUGAGAAAACAGAACUUCUGAAUAAGCUGAAAGUUUAUGAAGAUAUCCUGGUGCCUUUCGUGAUGAACAGUUUGAAACCCAAAGAACCUUUUGCAGCACCACUGCAUGGCGACCUGCAGUCUUCAAAUAUUUUUUUCAAAGAAGACUCUGAUGGAGAAACGGUGCUACUUUUGUUGCAGCUGAUCGAUUGGGCAACAGCUCGGUAUUCCCAGGGAACUGUCGAUCUUGUUUACCUCCUGAAUAUUUCAGUCGAUACAGAGAUAAGGCGGAGGGCGACCCCCAGAGCAAUUGAAAUGUACUUCCAAGCUUUUAACAAGGCUUUAGAGGAUCUAGGAGCAAACAUUUCAUACCAAAGAACUACAUUUGAAGCCGAUCUGAAGUUAGCGAUGCAGCUCAUCGUCAUCUGGAGUAUCAUGUGCAACAACGUGUUUUCAAGGUCUCCAAAACUGAAGAGAAGACUCGACGCCAUUGUCACCGAUGUCCUCACCAAUCCAGACAUCCCACUCCCUGUCUUACAAUAGUUUAUAUAAACAAAGUAACCUAUUUCAUUUCAACCAGCAAUAGACUUGAUGAAAUUGUCCAGAGGUGCCUGAAAGAUGUUUUCGCAAGCAGCCUUGUUUUUCAUGUUCAAUCUUAGAAUAUAAUUUAUGUGAAAUAACUUGUUAAAAGAGAAUGAAUAAAAGCUUCAAUUCUUCAUAUAA